AUGGUCAAACUUAGCUUUUCGCAAGCAGACGAGAAGCAUUUUUUGGACAACUAUGAAGAACGUGAACACUUGAGUGAUGACUUUGAAUACGAGCCUUCUGUAACGACGAAACGCUCCGAUACAAACCCUCGCUACUCUUCUUCGAGCGUUCUUCUCGAUGCGUUUGAAGCAUACCAACUCUCGUCAGACGAUAUCGAGAAUGGCGCAGACCACGCCAGUUUAUUGGCCAACCAAAAGAGUGCUGGCUGGUCAGAAUACUUGCCCACAGAUGGGAUCGAUGAACACAGUCAAGCACCCUAUGGACCAGACGACGAGGAGAGCCGCGAUGAAACCACCCAUUCGCGGCAUUGUUUGCGCCACGCGAGGCGAUCCGAAGCGCGUCUUUCUGACUUCUUCCACAAUCUUGUUGAUUCUUCGCGUCAUGCUGUAUCGCAGGCUAAUGAGCAGUUGCGAAACACGCACAAGUUCUCGCGGCGGAACACCAGCGACGCUGCUGAGCAACAAUGGCUUCCCAUGAAGGAGACAAGAGAGAGUAGCGUGCCGCUACACACAGUUCCACUUCACGAGCAGCUGCGUGGCAAGACGCUCAUGUACUUUGGCCCGACGCAUCCACUGCGCGUCAUGUUGGCCCGGCUCCUCUUUUCGUGGUGGUUUGAGCCACUGAUACUAGCUAUAAUUGUGAUGCAGCUAGUUGUGCUCAUUAUCUCUUCAAGCCGAAACGUGGUUAAGCACCCACUGCUCGACGACUGGCUCAGCGGCCCCGAGGCAGUGGUUUUGCUUGUCGUUUUUUCUAUCUAUACCAUGGAAAUGGGUGCGCGAAUCAUUGUUUCUGGACUCUUGAUUGAUCCGCCGCCGCUUACAAACGCUCAAGGACGCAGAGGAUCCGUUGCGUCUGAGUCCAGUAAGGAGGGGUUGGAGCACGACGAAGUGCCUCUGCACAUGCAAAGCAACACGCGAUACGUACUGGGCCAGUGGCUUAUGCAACUGCGCCGCUUUCUGAAGCGUGAAAUGUAUCCGUACGGCCCACUCGCACGCGAAUACACAGAUUCGCACACCAGCCGCUUUCAGCCCACUGAAGGCGUUGCCAGAGGCAGGCAGGACGUUUACGGAAAUGUGGACCAUCGAAUUGGUGCGCCUUUCACUGUACCCUACGCGCGCUCGUAUGCAGAAGAGCGCAGCCCUUUUUUUACCGUCUGGCGCUCUUUUCUCACUGUUUGCGUGCGAUUUACGCAUUCCAUUACGGGCGACCCAGCGGAAAUGACAAACCGAGCCUACCUUCGCCACAGCUGGCAACGCGUGGAUAUCAUCUCCAUCAUUUCCUACUGGAUUGCGCUCAGUUUGCAAAUCUCUCACACGCAGACUAUGCCAAACCGUCAUAUUUACUUGUUCCGAGCGCUCUCCGUAUUGCGAUGUGCGCGCCUUAUGAUGGUGCCGGAUGGUACGGCAACCAUCCUGCUCUCGUUGAAACGAGUUGCGCCUCUCUUGUUCCGCGUUGCCUACUUCAUGUUGUUCUUCGUACUUUUAUUUGCGAUUAUCGGCACGCAGAGUUUUGAAGGCUCCUACCGCCGACGAUGCGUAUGGAUCGGCGACUUGAAUAACGAGCCGGGGAUGAAUUAUACAUUGAGCCAGAUUUGUGGCGGAUCGUGGGAUCCGCGCAACAGUUCUGCGAAAAUGGGACAUGUCGAGUUUGACGGUGGUUUUACCGACAAUCAUCCCAAAGGGUACAUUUGUCCCUACGGACAGUUGUGUGUCGAGCAAGCCGAGAAUCCGUACAACAAUGUGCUGAGCUUUGACAAUGUGUUUACCUCUCUUCUCGAGGUCUUUGUUGUCAUCUCGCUCAAUGGCUGGUCAGAUAUCAUGUAUGAUAUGAUCGAUGCAGACUAUUACAGCGCCGUGAUUUAUUUCAUUUUCGGUAUUAUGCUGCUCAAUUUCUGGCUGGCCAACUUAUUUGUCGCUGUGAUAUCCCAUUCAUUUGCUUCGCUCAGUGCCCAAACGCAGCACAGUGCGUUUGCUGCGAUUACGAUUCACGGAGAAGAAGAACAGGUCGCUGCCGAGCAGCAGCAACCUCCAGCGCAGCACGCACGACGACAGCAAUGGCAUAAAGCACAGAUGUACAAGCGACUUUGGGGCUGGACCAAGUAUUUGUGGUUGGUUGCGAUUAUCCUGAGUCUUGGCAUCCAAGGCUCCCAAUCCUCUUACCAAUACCCAGACACGGUAUUGUGGCGAAGACGCGCCGAACGAGGCCUUACCAUCGCUUUUGACGUGGAGAUUGUCUUGCGCUUCGUUGCCUACGCACUGGACGGCACAGCGCAAGAGUUUUUCCGGCGGCGCCAUAACCUGCUAGAUUUUUUCCUUGCAGUGAUUACCAGCAUCAUUCAGAUCCCUGUUGUACACAGAUCUGGGUGGUACCCCUGGCUGACCUUUUUUCAAUUGGCCCGCUUUUACCGUGUGAUUGCCGCGAUCCCACGCAUGCGGCUGAUGCUUUUGCGUGUCGUUGGUUCCGUGAGUGGUUUAUUGAACAUGAUUGUUUUUUUGUUGAUGAUGAUUUUCAUGGCAGCACUGUUCAGUAUCCAGCUCUUCCGUGGCGAUAUUCGGGAUGUAAGUGUCGAGGGCGAGCAAGAAGAAAUGGUCUGGAAGCAGCUUUUCAAUGGCUUCCUGGGCGUCUACCAAAUUUUUUCCUCAGAAAACUGGACACAUGUGCUGCUCAAUGUGAUUAGCAGUGAAAAACGGUUUAACCAACAAGUCAUCUCGGGUAUCUUUCUUGUGUGCUGGUUCAUUUUUGCCAACUUUAUCGUGCUCCAAAUGCUUAUUGCCGUAAUCAAUGAAAACUUUCGCGUUGCCGAAGGCGACAAGUACAAGCGACAGAUGGAGCGGUACCUUCGGCGAUCGGAGCCUGUGCCGCAAUCACGUAUGGUCAAGUUUAUGCAAAUGUGGAGCCCAUUUCGAGCACAGCGUGCGCUACCCCAAUUGGCGGCACAGGGCGAAGCAGAGGCACCGAGCCAUCUUAUGUCGGUGAGUGCCAUUGCUGGAGCGUCUCCUGAAAAAGACGAGGACGAGCCGCGCAGUCUGUUCAUGCAGCUUGUCACACCAGACCGUGCGGGCCAGGCGAUGGAUACUUUGCAGCGCAUGCUCCGCUUGGAUAAACCACACGAGCAUGCGCAUCUUAAAUCGAUCCAAGCGCGCAUGCUGAGUGGACGUGGCCGGAAUAACAACCAUCCUGCCAUGUAUGAUUUUGAGCAUGUAUACUACGAAGAAGACGAAGAAACGCGUUUACUUGCGGGCCAGCAAAACAUUCGGAACAUGCGCGAAGACCUCGGCUUGAUAGACGGGGACCAAGAUCGCCAGGGGUUUUUGGAGAACUAUGCGAAUCAGCCGCACAAUGAGCGCAUUCAACUCGCCCGAACGAUUGCCGAGUAUCCCAUGUACGAUCGCUCUUGGUUUAUGUUUAGUAGUCGGAACCCAAUCCGCCGCUUUUGCCAGACGUUGACGCCGUGCUCCCACGGCGAGCGUCUCUUUGGCCGCCCAAUGUCCCGUCUCCGCAACUACAUCUUCCAGACGAUAAUAUUUGGUGCCAUUGUUGGCUCUGUUGUCGCAGCAGGGAUUGCGACGCCCAAGUACAGGAAGCAUUACUACGCCGAGCACGGAACCAUCUUUAAAACGUGGUUCUCUGGCGUGGAGCUGAGUCUCUCUGUCAUUUUUGUGCUCGAGUUUUUUGUGAAAACAAUUGCGGAUGGAUUCAUCUUCACUCCCAAUGCGUACAUAUACAACAUCUGGAACCUUUUGGACAUGUUUGUGUUUAUCGCGAUUUUGAUCAAUGUUAUCAGCGAGUUUGUCGUUGUUGGCGGUGUCUCCAACUUUACGCGCGCACUGAAAGCUCUCCGUGUAUUGCGCCUUAUUAAUUUGUCGUCCCUUAUGCGCGAUACGUUCCAUGCCGUCAUGAUUGCCGGUGCUGGCCGUAUUUUGGACGCGGCCAUGCUUGCGCUCUUGUACAUUAUCCCCUACGCCGUCUGGGGACAGAACUUGUUUGCCGGCCUGCUCUACGCAUGCAACGACGACAGUCCUGGCAUACUGACCAAGCUGGACUGCCACGGCGAAUACUCUUCGCAGCCCCUAAACUGGGCGUUUCUUGCGCCAAGAGCAUGGAAAAAUCCCACGCAAGGCAGUAUGUAUUCCUUUGACGACUUUAAGAGCUCGCUGUUGAUCCUUUUUGAGAUCGUCUCUUUGGAAGGCUGGAUCAACGUCAUGACGGCCGCAAUGAGCAUUGUGGGCCGAGACCAGCAGCCACAAGCGGACCAUUCUCAGCACAAUGCCAUCUUUUUCCUGAUUUACAAUUUGAUCGGAGCGGUGAGUGUCUUGACUCUGUUUGUCUCUGUGAUUAUCGAAAACUUCCAGCGAUACUCUGGCGCGGCGUACCUUACGACUGAGCAGCGACAAUGGGUGGACCUAAAACGCCAGCUGUUGCGCCAAGGUGCCUCGAAGCGGCCUAAGAAUAUCCCAACCAAUGCGUUUGCCAAGUGGUGCUACAACGCAGCGACCAAGAAGAAAGGCUGGUGGCUGCGUUCCAUGACGCUGAUGCACUUGUGCAUCUUGAUCAUCCUCAUGACGCAAAGCUUUGACGAUAGUUUUUGGGCCCGCCGUUUACGCAGCGGCAUCUUUAUCAUCUGUGGCCUUGUCUACCUGCUUGACAUUAUCGUUACGCUGGUUGGGCUUGGUUUUUCUGGGUUCCGACGCAAUCUAUGGAACUGGUACGACGUUGUGGUUGUGUGCGGCGUGUUAGGAACCACCAUUCCCGCCUUGGUCCUCCCCGACUCGACCAAAGUCUACGCGCAGCUCCAAAAAAUAUUUCUUACCGGCGUCGCGCUCAAGCUAGUCCAGCGCAACGAUGCAUUGAACCAGCUGUUCAAGACGGCCAUUGGCAGUCUCCCUGCCAUCUUCAGUAUUUUCCUCUUGUGGCUCACCAUGUUUUUUGUGUGGGCCAUCAUGCUCGUGGAAAUCUUUGGCCUCACCAAGUGGGGCCAAAAUGAAACCCACGCGAAGAAUUUGUCUUCUUUGUGGGGUACAUUGGUAUUUUUGUUCAUGACGUCUACAGGCGAAGGCUGGAAUGGGUACAUGCACGACUAUACCGUGCAGCCGCCGAUUUGCACGCCGUCCAGUAACUAUUUGGAGUCAGACUGCGGCAGUUUGGCUUGGGCCUACUUUUUGUUCAUCACCUGGAACAUUAUCUCCAUGUUUAUUUUUCUCAACAUGUUUACGGGUACUGUGGUGGAGAACUUUUCCUACGUGUACCAUUUGCAAGGAAGCACUGCGCUAUCGCGCGAACAGAUGCGCAUGAUCAAAGAUGCGUGGCGUAAAUUCGAUCCCCAAGGUCAUGGCUACAUCCAGCGCGACCAAAUCAUUGCGUUCCUCAGCCAGCUGACGGGCAUGUUUGACGUGCGUCUCUAUCCAGCGGACGCGCGCAUCGACGCUAUUUUGAAAAAGACACGCGUGCCAGAGAGGACGAGUGAACCGCCGUCGCCCGUAUCCAGCGGAUGGACCCGACUUGGGCUCCAUCUCCCUCGCAGUCCCCGGAGUUUGCGCAGGCCGCGCAGCCGCGAAUCGGACACCACCUCGAGCAAUCUUUCGCCCACACGGAGUACGACACGCAACGAUACCUUGAUGCCUUUCUCGUUUGAGUGGCCCGAUGCAAACAUAGCGUCCGUCCACAUUGAGAGUGGCGUUGAUUUGGACAAGCUCGAGUCUGUGCUGCGCUCCAUGGACUCGGAAGACUUGGCGAUGCGGCGCCAGCGGCUGAACCGGAUGUACCACGAAGCGCUUUUGUCCGACAAAGGCAAAGGCAUCUCGUUUACCUCGAUGCUUUUUAUCCUUGCCUACAACAAAAUGUGCACAAAGCCAACGAAUAUGGAGAUUGCCGAGUUUAUUGACCGCCGCGCGCUCAUCGACCGUAUCGACAGCAUCAUUUCCUUGGAGCGCGUCCGGGGCAUGCUUCGUACAGUCUACCUCCGUCGCCGCUUCCUUGCCGCUCGUGCUGGCGAGGAGAUCUACACGCGCAUCGCAAUUCCCAGCGAUGAGCGUGGUUUUCCCACCAUCACAGUCGAGGGCGACACAAUGCCCGCGCGCCCGAAAGUCACCAUCGACACCCGACUCGACACGCUGGGCAGCGCGACGCCCCCAAUGUCCCGCGAGAAUUUAUUCGAUCGCGACGUUGCUGACAGUGAGUACGACAUCCACUUGACCCCGCUUUCUGCGUCGUCUUCUGCAGCAAGACGUCGGGCAUUGCGGAAUGCAAAUCCAUUUCUGUCGGACGACGGAAGUCCACGCGGAUCCCACCAUGCGAGCUCCUCCUCUGUGCAAGCCCAUAUACCCUCUCCUACGCGUGAAAUGUCCAUGUGGGACAAUGUCAUUCGGCGCUUGUCCCCCGAAAGGGAACCAAAAGACAUGCCCCCCUCUCCCCAUGGCACGCACGACGACCCGUAA